UUUGUUUUUCAGACUUGCUCUGUUUGCUCAUCGAGAAGAUGGCCCUGGCAUUCCAGCUGAGAUCAAACUGUUUGACAUCUUCUCUCAGCAAGUGGCCACCGUCAUUCAAUCUCGACAGGACAUGCCAUCAGAGGACGUGGUCUCUCUUCAGGUCUCUCUCAUUAAUUUGGCAAUGAAAUGCUACCCUGAACGUGUUGACUAUGUAGAUAAGGUCCUGGAGGGCACUGUGGAGAUAUUCAACAAGCUCAACUUGGAACACAUAGCAACCAGCAGUGCAGUGUCAAAGGAACUUACCCGACUGUUGAAGAUCCCAGUGGAUACCUACAACAACAUCCUGACAGUGCUGCAGCUCAAGCACUUUCCACCACUCUUCGAGUACUUUGACUAUGAGUCACGCAAGAGCAUGAGCUGCUAUGUUCUGAGCAACACACUGGACUACAACACCACUAUUGUGGCACAGGAACAGGUGGAUGCCAUCUUGAACUUGGUAUCCACACUGAUUCAGGACCAGCCAGACCAACCAGCUGAUGAUCCUGACCCAGAGGAUUUUGCGGAGGAGCAGAGCCUUGUGGGUCGUUUUAUCCAUCUGCUCCACUCUGAAGAUCCUGAUCAACAGUACCUUAUUCUGAACACAGCCCGGAAGCACUUUGGUGCGGGUGGAAACCAAAGGAUUCGCUACACACUUCCUCCUCUGGUGUUCGCAGCUUACCAGCUGGCCUUCAGAUAUAAGGAAAACUCCUCAUUGGAUGACAAGUGGGAAAAGAAGUGCCAGAAGAUCUUUUCUUUCGCCCACCAGACCAUCAGUGCACUUAUCAAGGCUGAACUUGCUGAGCUGCCUCUUCGACUGUUCCUACAGGGUGCACUGGCUGCAGGCGAGAUUGGCUUUGAGAAUCACGAGACAGUAGCUUAUGAGUUCAUGUCACAGGCCUUCUCUCUGUAUGAGGAUGAAAUCAGCGACUCCAAAGCCCAAUUGGCAGCCAUCACACUGAUCAUUGGUACCUUUGAACGAAUGCGAUGUUUCAGCGAGGAGAACCACGAGCCACUGAGAACUCAGUGUGCACUGGCUGCCUCCAAGCUGCUGAAAAAACCUGACCAGUGCCGAGCCGUCAGUAUCUGUGCCCAUCUCUUUUGGUCCGGUCGUAGCACCGACAAAAAUGGUGAAGAG